AUGAGGCUGGAGAGGUCCUUGCCUCUCCUGGGACUCCUGCUGUGUCUGGCUGGCAGCAUGGCUCAGGAGGAUUCCAACGAGGAAUUCCUGGUGGAGAUUUCUGGAACCACAGUGACAAUCACCUGUCCCUUGGAUGAAGAGUCAACAAGCUGGGAGCUAUCUGGGACAAAAGCAGCUGUAACUGGGGGGAAGUACACCAUAGAGAACCAUGACAGCUCUCCUGUCAACGUGACUUGUGCCUCAGGUGCUCAGAAGUAUGCAAUGUACCUGAAUGCCAGAGUGUGCACCAACUGUGAGGAGCUGGAUGCCUUGGCAGUGACAGGGAUCAUCACUGCAGAUCUCCUCAUCACUCUUGGAGUGCUGAUCCUGGUCUAUUACUUCAGCAAAGACAGGAAGGGGAGAACCAGCAGCAGCGCUGGCAGCCGGCAACGAGGUCAGAAGAUGCAGCGUCCUCCCCCUGUCCCCAACCCAGACUAUGAGCCCAUCCGGAAGGGGCAGCGGGAGGUGUACGCAGGGCUGCAGGCCAGGGGCUUCUGA